CCGCGAUAAGGAAGGCCAUUGGCCAACGGUCGACGACGAUGGACGCUGCCGACGACGUCGACGGCAAAGCGCCGUCGCGCCUUGGGCGCAAGCGUGGCCCGGUGUACGAGCACUUUACGCUCGCCUCCGAGCGCGGCAACAUCAAGCGCUUCAAGUGCAAGCACUGCGAGAAGGAGACGAGCCAGAACCGCAAGCGCAUGGAAAGCCAUCUCGAAGAGUGCCCCGUGCUCCAGCCCACGCCAUCGCGCGAACCGCCGUCACUGCCACCGAGUACCGAGACGACACUCCAGCCAGGGCGAAAGCGCGGUGCGAUCUACGAACAUUUUGUUCUGAGCGCCGAGACGCUCAAGGGCAAGCGCUUCAAGUGCGUCCACUGCAAGAAGGAAACGAGCCAGAACCGCAGCCGCAUGGAGCACCACAUUGCGUCCGAGUGCACUGUUGUGGAUGCAGCAGCCAAGGCAGCCGUCCACCGCGCCGCCGAGAGUAACGACAUCGUCACUAGCGCGUACAGUGACAAGAUGGUGCUUGCCCUCAUCACCGAAGACGUGCCAUGGACGCUGCUUGAGAACCCGUUUUACACAGCGGCGCUUGGCUCGCUCCAACCGCCGGGAGCGGGGCCGCUGACCGUGGCGGCGGCGCGCUCAAUCGUGUUGCCGCGGCUGCAAAGCGCGCUGCACGACGCCAUGCGCCGCUUUGCCGACACUGCGCAGUUCCUUACGCUCGUGCUCGACACGCGCGUCGACCAGUACACCAACGUCGUCCUCCUCAACGAAGACGCGACGGCCUACCAGCUGGAACGCAUGGCACCGAGCAUGGACGGCGCCACGAUCUUGGCGACCGUGCAGUCGUACCUCUCGCCGCACCACGCUGUCGUCAACGUCUGCAGCAACGACAGCAGUGCGAAAGCGAGCUACGUAACGCUGACGGGCACCUGCAUGGGCCGCGUCUCGGUGCGGCAUCUCGCUGCGCUUGUGCAACACGUGCCGUCGGUGGCCGCGGCAUUUGACGCCGCGGCGCGCGUCACCGCAGCGGUCGCGUCCCGUCCCGAGCUGCUGCACGCAUGGACACACGCUAAGCACACCGUCAUCGCGGCGCCGCGCUCGUGGCUCGAGCACGCGAUCGUUCUCAAGCAAGCGAUGCGACUGGCGCCGAACGAGCUACUGCAAGGUGGCGACGGCUCGCUUCUCCGCGUCGCAGACGCUCUGCUUGCGCCACACGUUGUGCUUUCGGCCCUCUCUGCGAUACCAGGUGUGUCGUCCGGCAUGCUGGCGGCGACAUUUGCGUGGAGCCUCGGUGCUGUGCUCCACGCCGUCGGGAUCGCCGACGACGCCAAGGCCGCGUACGCGUCAGCUUUUGGAAACGAGCUAGAGACAUUCGGUGAGCUGCACUGGAUGGCUGCAAUGGUGCUAGACCCGCGCGUGCACGGCGCCGGCCUGUCGCCCAAGGGCCGGCGCGUCGCCGAAGCCGCGAUCGUCGCACUCGCGUCGUCGCUGUACCCAUCGCUGGAGCCGGCCAAACUGCUUGCGGGGUUGCAUGCGUACACGACCAAGAGUGGUGAUUUUGGCGCCGCCUUGCACUGGGACGCCUUUUACGUGCAGUCACCGCGGCUCUUUUGGGACCGGUUCAGCGACUUUGCCGAGCUCAGUGCCGUUGCGCAUCUCGUGUGCAGCUACACACCGCUUACGGCGUCGAUCGAGACGUAUCUGCGGCGCGCCCAAGCUAAUGCGCCCUGCAUCGAGACGGACGCAUGUAUCGCGAGUCUCCGGUUCGCCCAUGCCCGCCCAGUGGACGCCGCCGCUGUCGCUGCCGCCUACGCCGUCGCCACCGACGUGGCCAAUGCGCUUCCAUCGCACAUGGUGUUUAGCCCAAUCACGGAGCUUGAGAUGCCUCGCAACGACGAGCGCUGGUCGAAGAACGACGGUCGACCGCUUCUGGAGGCGCUGGGCGCAGUUGCGUCGACGUGCGACGGGACUGCUCGUGGUGGCACCCAAGCUGGCCGGUUCUCGAUCGACUGCUUGGACACCUCGGUGGCGGGCUGCGCCACCGUCCGAGUUGCCAUGACGACGUACCUCGAUCUUGUCAAGACUGCGCGCUAGGGGUCGUUUGGUAUUUUAUGAAUGUGAUCGUCUACUAGUAUAUUGUUUCGUGUUUUCCUUCGCGUAAAAGGAAAUGUCUCGGAUAACUCGCCGAUUUAAUGUCCAAAAGGCAGUAU